AGAGAGCGAAGCGGUUACACCAACGCGCGCGUGCGCCCUUGCGCGCUUCUCUCUUCCUGCUUGGGUUUGACCUACAGCCACCCGGGAGAAGAUGGCUGCCCCAUCAGUGUCCGGCCUCUCCCGGCAGGUGCGAUGCUUCAGUACUUCUAUGGUCAGGCCAUUUGCCAAGCUUGUGAGGCCACCUGUUCAGAUACACGGUGUUGAAGGUCGCUACGCCACUGCUCUUUAUUCUGCUGCAUCGAAACAGAAUAAGCUGGAACAAGUAGAAAAGGAGCUGUUGAGAGUAUCACAACUCCUGAAGGAACCCAAAGUGGCUGCUUCUAUUUUGAAUCCCUAUGUGAAACGUUCCGUUAAAGUGAAAAGCCUCAGUGACAUCACGGCAAAAGAGAGGUUUUCUCCCCUCACGUCCAACCUGAUUAAUUUGCUUGCUGAAAAUGGUCGCUUAACCAAUACCCAAGGAGUCAUUUCUGCCUUUUCCACCAUGAUGAGUGUCCACCGUGGAGAGGUGCCUUGCACAGUGACCACUGCAUCUCCUUUGGAAGAAGCCACUCUCUCUGAAUUAAAAACAGUCCUGAAAAGCUUCCUAAGUCAAGGUCAAAUAUUGAAAUUGGAGGUUAAGACUGAUCCAUCAAUCAUGGGUGGAAUGAUUGUUCGUAUUGGAGAGAAAUAUGUUGACAUGUCUGCAAAAACCAAGAUUCAGAAGCUGUCCAGGGCUAUGCGGGAAAUUAUCUGAAAGUGUUGAUUUUCUGUCAUCAGUGAAAAUUCUUAAACUUGAAGCAACAAUAAAAUGCUUCCAGAACAGA